AUGAAUCGGGCGAUAUAUGAAACUAUUUGUAGUCAGUUCAUUACACUUAGUACAGAGAAACGAGAUCAGAGGUUGAAGAAGCUUCACUAUGCGGCGGUUGAAAUUUAUACAGUUGAGAAAAAAUUCGUUGAGCAGUUGGAACUUAUUGCUGUGAAAUAUCCUGAAUUUUUGACAGAAUAUGGGAAGGAAUUAGGAAUCGAUUUGCUGAAACCUUUACCAAAUGGACAUCCUCAUUUGAUCAGUCAGAUAGCUCAGCAGCUGCUUAUGGUGAAAGAAGCACAUAAGUUUUUACUGGAGAAAAUUUCUUCAAAAAUCGAGAAUUGGGAUUCGAGAGAUCCAAAUAUGGCGGAAUGCUUAAAAAAUGGUGCUGGUUUAUUGAAAUGUUGUCUUCCCUACCUCAAAGAAAAGAAGAAGAAUGUUGAUAAUUUUCUAAGAUUGCUUCAAGAUAACGAAGAAUUAGCUCGUGCAACAACAAAGUUCGAGGAACAACUAAUGGGUAAAAUAUCCAUAAUUCAGCAACUUGAUAUUGUUCAUCAAAAUGUCGUACGUUAUACGAUUUUACUGGAGGCGUACAAAAAGCAUUUAGCACCGGAAUCUGAUGAAUUGGAAGUGUGUAAAGAAGCAUUAGUGCAGUUAUCUAAAGUAUCAGAACUAAUUGAUCGACAGAUUAGUCGAGCUGAAUUGGAAAAAUGUCUAAUUGACUUGUAUCGACGAUUUGAGGGAAGGUUUAAUGUUUUCGAAGCAAAUCGUCACCUUUUAUUUGAAGGCGAAUUGAUGAAACAGUCGCGAAAAGAUUUACAGCCUCGUUACCUGAUAUUAUUCUCGGAUGUGUUAUUAAUUUGUAAAUAUUCAAGAACGCCUUCGCUUGGAACAGAUGCCAAUUUUCAUUCUGAAUUUUAUAAAUUUCUUGUUUCUCGGGUUCGUGUUAAAGCAGAAGAACACGGCGAGUACGAAACUCAUUUUCAACUAUACACCACACAGAAAAGUGCCGUUUUCAUUGCAAAAACGAAACGAGAAAGAGAUGAUUGGGUGAAACGAAUCAGUGAAGCAAAGAUGGAGGCAAAAGAGCUGCGUCGCAUUAAAGCUGCUAGAAACAAGGAUCUCAGUGUUCGAGUAAUGCACAUAGAUGAGCCAACAGGUGAGGGUACAUCGGAUACAAGGGCUUCGAAUAAUGGAUCGGAUUGCAAUGUUUCACUACCUACUAGCGGAAAGCAUAAGUAUACACCAUUAUGGAUACCUGAUCCAAAAGCAACGUCGUGUAUGAUGGCUGGUUGUUCUACAAAAUUCAACGUUCUGAAUCGUCGCCAUCACUGUCGUGAAUGUGGAUACUUGAUAUGUCGUUCUUGUGUUGGUUAUGCUCCUGUCAAAACUAACAGUUAUUACGUGCGCACCAAAGUUUGUCCAGAAUGCUAUGUUAAAAUCAUCAAAAAAUGGAAAGGAGAAUUAGGAGGCACGACUUUCACAGCUCCGGAAAAUGAAUUCCUGACUAAAACUAGUGUUCCCAGUCGAAAUGCGGAAGGAGUAGUAUCUGGCACUGUAUUUCUUAGGAAUCAAAAAGGUGGUGAAAAUGAAAAGUGGGGUCGACUUACAUCACAUGCAGAUGGUGUCUUAGUGCUUUGCUUUUAUGAUGCGGAGUUUGAUGUGGAUCCUGUGGCGCGCUACGUUCUUCUAGGAUUUACACUUUGUGUGCAAGAAUCAGAUGAUGGUGGUCGUUUGUUUGAGCUACGGCAUGCUAAUCAAGUAAAUGAGAGGAAUGGUAUUUCACUUCAUUUUCGAGUUGCACAUUCGGGAAGUGCUGAAAGGUGGUAUAAGACGCUAAAAAGAGGGCUGGGAAGUGGUGGCAUUAUAGUUUCGUAACCGGUAAAGCUGGAGUUUCACUUCAACUUUUAUUUUUUACUGAUGACGUCAACGGUCAUCAGCACUUUACUUUGGAAUUGUAUAACGUCUUAAUAAUCAAUUCACCUAACCAAACGAUGAGUACCUACGGCACCGCAUGCUGUAUGGAAUUUUAUGAAGAUAAUAAUGCAGUAGAUGUCACGAUUGAUAUUAAUAUUUACUUAUCUUUGGAUAUGCGAGUUAGCACUGGUUUCCAAAGUUUUAUGAAAUGAUCUUGAUGUAAAAGAUGUUCUGAGACCGGUGAAAUCUUCAACCCUGAGUGAUGAAGUUUAAAGGAUCAUAGUACAUGAUCCUAGCCUAUGAGUAGUAAUAUAUAGAACAAAGUUGGUGCCUUUUGUUUAUAUUAUAACUAUCAAAUUUUGAAAAUUGUCC